AUGGCCCAACUCCCUGCAGUCAUUAUGGCUGAAGAGAAAAGAAGAAAAAAGCCCCUCAGCAGCAUGACUAUGCUGAAAAAAGACCUUCAAGCAGAGGAGAGGAGCUCCCUCAAAGAUGGCACAGUUUUCUCCAAGACUCUGGACUCUGGGAAAGAAUAUGAAGAAGACUUCAUGAAUGGCAUGGAACUGGAAGAAGGCUCCCCUUACCAUGCAUGUGCCCUUCACUCCAGCAAAGAGUUCAAAACCUUCCAAGGACAAAAAAUCCUCAGCAAAAUUGAGGAAAUAGUAUCUGAUGAAGAGGAACCUUCCCCCAACUAA